AUUUUAUGAUGAUAUAAAUUUAUAUAGGUGAUAUGUAUGUUACCUACCUAAUUAAUAUUUAUACUAUUAUGUAAUCGGUAUCGACGACCGCGCGAUACUGCGAUAGCCGUUUCAUAUUAUAAUAAACAGUCUUAAUUAAAUCGUACCCGCUGUAAGUUGUCUUGUCGUCCGCUGCUCCCCGCGUGUCUGUCUAAAUAUGUGCAAACAUAAUAUUUGGCGACGAAGAAAAUGCGUUAUACGUUUUUUUGUUUGUUAAAAAUGUAUAAAGGAAAUCUUAUAGAUUAUAAUGUGCGUGAUUAAUUUAUGAAAAGUGUUUAGUUUUUUUUGUGGUCUUGCAAGCGUACAAACGAAGUUCAUAAUGUCGAACACAAUUUCGUCUUAUGUGCCAGAUCAGGAACCGUUUAAAAAUUAUCUUGAUCGUUUAAGGGCUCAGUUGUCAGUGUUAAAAGUGAAAGACGAUCAGCGUCAAAAACACCUCUUUGCGUUUAUAGGUUCAGAAGCCUACAGUCAAUUGAAGAACGCAUGUUUACCGUGUCAUCCCUCAGAAAAGACUUUUGAAGAACUAGUCACAUAUUUGGACGCGAUAUAUUCGCCACGGCGUUUAGUGUUGAGUGACCGUUUUAAAUUUAAUCAGUGCUGUCAAAGUCCGGGGGAAUCGGUACAAGAAUUUAUCACUACGUUAAAAAAGUUAGCAAGUCACUGUGAAUUUGACACAUUUUUGGACGAUGCACUUCGCGACAGACUAAUUGUAGGUCUAGCGGAUGAAGCUUGCCAAAGAAAAUUGCUGGGAGAGUCAUCACUAACUUUUCAGAAAGCAUGUGAAAAAGCUUUGGACUCAGAAUUAGUGAAAAAUCAGUCCAAUCAUAUAAAAAAUAAAUUUUAAGUAAAUUGGAUCGUAAAA